AUGGUUUUAGCUGGCAAACUUACUGCUGAACUUGGUAUCAAAACUCCUGCUGACAAGUUCUUCAAACUAUAUGCAAAAGAAUCUCACGAAUUGCAAAAUCAUUGUGAAAGAAUUCAUCAUGCCAAACUGCAUGAAGGUGAAGACUGGCAUGAUACUGAUACGGUCAAACACUGGACAUAUGUCAUAGAUGGUGAGGUACACACAUGUCAUGAGAGUAUUGAAGAAGUUGAUGAAGAAAAAAAUAAAAUAAUAUGGAAGAUCUUUGAAGGAGAUAUUGAUAAGCACUAUAAGGAUUUUAAGCUGAUCCUUGAAGUAAGUGAUAAGGCUGAUGGUACUGCUGUUGUUAAAUGGACUAUUGAAUAUGAGAAAAUCAACGAGGAUAUUAAUCCACCAAUUGCUCAGAUGGACUUCUUAUGCCAAAACACUCGAGAUGCUGAUGCUAAACUUGGCAAGGAAAAGGUAGCUCUAUAA